GUUCCCCACUCUAAACAGGACUGGUUGUUCCUCACUCGCUUCUGUUUUCUCACUGAUUUUGGACGUCUGGACUUCCGGUUCCGCUACCAAAAGUCGCGAUGCUGUCAGAAUAUAUUGCUCUACUUUGAUGACAGCUCUCAGUGGCCAGCUGUGUACAAGAAGCCGGACAAGGACUGCUACCAGAAGGAGGCAGUGUUGAGGCCAGAGAAUAACCAGGUUAUCAACCUGACCACGCGCUACACCUGGUCUGGCUGUGUGGUGGAAGGAGAGGGAGAUGAGGAGGUGCUGAGUUGUGUGGGAGGUCGUAGUUUCCGCUCGGUGAGGGAGAGAUGGUGGUACAUCGCUCUCAGCAAGUGUGGGGGGGAAGGUUUGCAGCUGGAGUAUGAGAUGAAGCUGACCAAUGGCCAGUCUUUCUGGACACAGCAUUUCUCUGCAGACGAGUUUGGGAUCCUGGAAACUGACAUCACGUUCCUGGUUAUCUUCUCCCUGGUCUUCAUCCUCUCAUGUUAUUUUGCCUGGCGAGGAUCAGCCACAGUGGCUCUGUCAAGCUGUCCAUCUACAUGACAGUCUACACCGUCACCUAUAUCAUCCUCUUCAUAUACGAGGCAGAGUUCUUUGACCCAGGUGARGUGCUGUAUGCAUAUGACAGCCCGGCGGGCUACGGUCUGAUGGGUCUCCAGCUGCUGGCCUACGUGUGGUUCUGCUACGCCGUCCUGAUCUCCCUCAAACACUACCCUGAGAAACAAUCCUUCUACAUCCCCUUCUUCACGGCAUACACACUCUGGUUUUUCGCGGUGCCCGUCAUGGCUCUGAUAGCUAACUUUGGCAUCCCUCGCUGGGCACGGGAGAAGAUCGUCAACGGCAUCCAACUGGGAAUCCACCUCUAUGCUCACAUCGUAUUCCUCGCUAUCACACGGCCCUCUGCGGCCAAUAAGAACUUCCCGUACCACGUGCGGACCUCUCAGAUCGGGAUCCUGCUGUCUAGUCCGAAGGCGGGUGUGGCGAGUGAGAGUUUCCCCCACCAYGCCUAUGGGAACAGCUCCUUCCUGGGCGACUCCCAGCCCAACUUCACAGAACUGUUCUCCAUCCAGUCGGGCCCAGUGAAGACGGUGGAGGAGACGGUGGCCCGGAAGGGACAGGAAGUGCAGAGGAACAGUGAGCAUAAGAUCAUCACCACCACGGCCGACCUGUCGUUACCCACCUUCCCCCCACUCCCUCCCCCCAUGCCCCCCCGCCUCUCUGCCCACUCCCCCCCUCCCCCUCCACGACUCCCCUCCCACUUCACCGAGUACUUUAGCAUGCAGGGGGGAGGGGGCAUAGGCACCAAGGCAUGAGACAGACAGAGAGAAAGAGGGACACAGAGAGAAGGAGAAAGAUUGAAAGGGAGGUGGAGGAAGAUCAGGUAGCACCGAAAACAGGUCAAGCUAUGUAUAGCCACGAGGGAAGGAGGGAUGGAUAUAAGGAGGAAGAGAAGGGGGAGUCAUCAUAAGCAGACAUGUGGAAUAGAAGUUUGAAACGGCCCAUUUUCACCUCUAAAUAGAGAGAAUGGGAAGAGAGCUGAAUAAAGAAGAGGAAAUGGCUGUGAGUUAAAGUGCUGAGCUUGUAAAAGAAAAAAAUAAGCAAUAAAUAUUUGAACAUGAGCAGGGAGAGAGGCACCAGGAGGGAGAGAUGACAGAGUGGAUGUAGCCUGACCAAUAGAAUGAUAGGAGCGCACAGUGGAGACUGAACAAAACUCCUAUGAACACUUUUAUUCAAGAAUUUAUAAGGCAUCAAUGGAGGGGCUGAGGGAAACGUGUAAAUAGCUGAAGAGAAUGAGUUACCAUUACUCUAAAAUAGUUGCAGAGUUUAUAUUACAAAAGGGAUGUUUUUUUCCCACAUUGUCGAAUUCCAAGUGGUGCUGUGACCAUUGCAGUUCUCAUGCCAUUACAUUGUACAAGAGUAAAAUAUUCACUCACAUCCUGAAACAUACAUUCAUGUUUUUUUUCUUCAUGUUUGACAGAUGUUAACACAAAAUAUAGAAUUUCUCCAUAUAGAAUAUGUUGGGAUGAUUUAUAUUCUUAUAUAUGUUGAUUGCUCCAGGCUAUAGGAUUGAUAUACUGAUGUUUAAGUGUACAAUGUUCAGUUUACUGUGGACCCGAGGUACUGCUAAAACAAGCAGUGUACUCCCUGUCUCUAAACUGAUUAUACUCCAUGUGCUCAUACAGUGCGUGUGCCUGUUGUACCAAACUACUAUACAAUAACUGUGUAUAUUACAUACCAUAUAGGCUACCAAGGUGCUAAUGUCACUUCUUCUGGAUUUCUAUUGGAACCUUAUGUCAUACUGUCCACAGACAACUGUUUUAACUCCGAAUACUACUGUUCAGUUUUCAAUGGAGUGCAAGAUAUUAGCUUGCUCUGAAUGUUAUUCCUUGAUGUAUGUAGACCUUGGUGAAUGUAUUAAUGCAAUAGAGCACAAGGAAAGGGGUGGUUUUAAAGUUUAUUUAUUUUAUUUUUUUACAUAGAAAUCAUACUUAUAGCUUGUUUUACUUUCAAUUUCAGCCUCCAUCCUUGACACAUGAUUUAAGGAGGGAAGGUUGUCCAGCGAGGAUAUGAACUAACUUCACAAUCACCCCCCCCCCCCAACUAGUAUGUAAUGAUGUCAUGUCAAACCUGUACAUGUCUGUAUGUAUGGCCGUUUCCCUCAGUGAAGUUGUACAUCUGAUCUGAUACUGUGUGAGGGGCUCAUUGUUGUUUAUCCAUAAGUAGGAACAGUAGUUCUUCCUGAACAUGAAAAGUCCUGCGCCCAUAAACAACUUAAGCAAACCUUUUAAGAGUAGCUGUGAAAGUAGUAGCACCAACGUCCUGUUUGUCCUGCAUGAAGCACUUUAAUGUUCCCCUUCUCUUAGUUUUUCUGUUCCGCCAUUUAUUUCAAAGUGACUUUGAAUAGCGCUUUUAUCUGAAUUAUACGUAUCCACACUCUACAUCCAAUGAUAUUCCGGUAUCAAAUAUACAAAUGUUACCUGUAGAUAUGUUCAUAUUAAUCAAUGUCAUCAACUGUCAUUAUCAGACAUUUAAAAAAUGUACAUUAUCUGAAUAAUAUUAAGUUGAUUAAAUAGCCUAAUGAUAUCAAUGUAAGGGAGGGAGGGGCUAUUCAUAAGACUGUCAAGGCCAAUUUACCACCUGUUCUAAGAAAUGGAAGUCAUCAAUUACAUAUUUUUUUGAAUAACUUGUUAAUAUCUGAAUAUGAAACAUGCAAGUCUCUUUAAUCAUUUUUAAUCCAAUCUGUAAAAAAAAGGUGUGGGGUAAAGAAUGGUGGUUAAUUGACUGUUUCUAAUGGUUUAAUUAAUAGCCCUUUACUACAGAAAGACAAUGUCUGGAGUAGGCUUGGGUUGGUCAGACUGGUACCGUACAUGUAAUGUACAUGAGAACAUACAGUCAAAGGUAUAAUGUAGUCUGUAAAAAAGAAUGAUACUUGAAUUAGAUUGUUCUGGUGUUCUAAAGGUUGUCUCUGUAGGCGUUUAUAUAUGUGUCUCUAUUGCCAUUACAGUCCACUGUUGUCCAUGGUUACAGAUGCCAUUACUUGACUGAAUAGAUGUUGACAGACAGGUUCCAGUCAUCCUGUACAACAAGCUGCAUGAUCAACUUAUCUAUGGUAUUUGUCUAUUAUACACAGACACAAGUGGAAGAGCAACGGGAGAUGAGUGACGGUUUUAUAUGCAUGACAGACAACAGCACAGCUUCCUGGGUAUUUAGAGGUCUGGUUAAGAGCACAUUACUGAAGCACUGUUCGAAAUGAAUGCAUUUUAAUGGUGUCAAAUUAGGAUAUUCUGAAUAUGCUGUACAUACACUUUUUGCCAAAUUAAAAUGGUUGGUUUUACUAGA